AUGAGAAUAUUAGCAAUUGGUGAUAUAUUUGGUAAAACUGGCCGUCAAGUCAUUAAGGAUUACCUACCGAAGUUAAAAAAUGAACAUGAAAUUGACCUGAUUAUUGCUAACGUGGAAAACACUACCCAUGGCAAAGGAAUAUCCCGCAAACAUUAUCAAGAAUUAAAAAAUUGUGGAAUUGAUAUAAUGACUUCUGGCAAUCAUAUCUUUGCUGUCGAAGAAACCAAAAAGUAUAUCACAGAAGUACCUGAUUUGUUAAGACCACUCAAUUCUAAUCCCUAUCAUCCUGGAUUCGGAACUAUUUUGACAAAGAUUAAAGGAAAAAAAAUUCGGAUUACUAAUUUGAUUGGCAACAAUUUUAUGCCAAACUUCCAUGCUGAAACUACGGCUGAGAAAAUUGCCUUGGCUUUAUAUUUUGAUGGCAAAAUUAGUGCCUUAUGGGGAACUCAUACCCACGUGCAAACGGCCGAUGAAAGAAUAUUGCCAAAAGGUACAGGAUUUAUCACUGAUUUAGGAAUGACUGGGCCUUACGGGGGAGUCAUUGGCGCCAAGCCAGAGGUAAUUUUUCAAAGGGGUAAAUAUGGCUUGCCAGCCAAAAUGACUCCUCAUGAAGAUAACGGACAAUUUAAUGGAGUUAUUUUUGAGUUUGACGAGGAUAGUAAUAAAUUAUUAAAUAUCAAAAGGAUUAGAGAAAUUUUUUAA